CAUGGACCCUCACAAACUGUAUCUGCCGUUGUUUAUGUAUUACCCAAAACAAGCCCCCGCAUGCGUAUCUGAUACAUCCGCUGCCGCCAAGCAAACGCCGCACGCGGAUACGAUCGUUGUACCUGCAAGUACCUUCCAAUAAUAAGUCGGUUGGCAUGCACCUUCCCGCUACACCACGUCGUCGGCCCAACAUUGCUCGCAUUGACCGCGGUGGCUUAUUAUUGAAUUUAUUUCCAUCCCCUCCCCUUCCCCCGCGCCGAAUGCAAAUUGCCAAGACGUAAUUAACCUCCAACAAACACCCACAGCCUCACAGGAUCCCGGGCCCAUUGCCGCCUGUUCCCUCUCUCGCCCCCCUCCCUCUCCCCUCUCUCUUCUAUCACCAUGAACUCCGCCUCCUCUUCCUCCUCCAUAACAGAGGCGUCGCGCGCCAGGAUGCGCCCUAUUCCUGUUCACCCGUCGCGGCUGCUGCCACAUCAACAGAUGCAUCGCGAGGGCCCUGUGCCAAGGGCGCCGGGGGAGCGAGAGCCGGACUUCUAUGAGCGCAUGACGCCGCGGAAUCAGCGACUGACGCAGCUUUAUGUGUUUUCAGCCGUCGCGUCGGGUCUGGGGUUGUAUUUGUUGGUGUGGAGUUUGGGGUUGAUCAAGUCGGAGAAGCUGUUUAGUGAGGCGGCGAAGACACACUUGUUGGCGCCGUAUGGGUGGGCGGGUUAUGGGUUGGUUGUUGCUGCUUUUGUGGCUGCGGUAUUAUUGAGCUUCGCCAACAUUAUCCGCAUCGUCUCUGUCGAAUCGCCACUGCCGGAAAUCUUUGCUGCAGCUGCCACUGGCGCCAUCUCUACACUCCUCGUCGUCUUCGGCAUCAUUAGCUACUCCACCACCGUCAACGCAGGCGCCGAAGACGGCAUCCCGUACGACGUCUGCACCGCCCCCGGCGCCGACCCCUGGAAGCGCCUCCCAUGCAACGACGCAAGCAGGAAACGCUUCCUAGUCCAGUUGGGCGGGCUCAUCUGUGCAGGAGCAGCUGCCUUCUUGUGUUUCUUGUUAUUCGUGCUGCACGUGAGCGAGUUCCGGAAUCAGAGGAGUCAGGGGGGACUCUAUGCACGGACGAGGGGAUAUACGAGGCUUAGUCUCAACCCGUAUGAGGUUCAAGAUGAGGAUGAAGACGUGGGUGCUGCUGGACCGAGUGUCCAUCUCAAGUGAAGGAUUGCAAGGGGGAUAUAGAGAUAGGAACUGAUAACAGGGGGGGGGGGCAUGGUGACGGGUUACUGAGAAGGCCUGGUGAAUAGUUGGGCCAGUAAGAAGGAGGCACGGCGAUUGGGACAAUCUUUGGACUGGAAUAUGACUUGCGUGGGACAUUUGGUUGGGAGGGUAUUCAUGUUUUGAUCUGCAUGGUUUUGGAGGCGUACGAUGCACCCGAGGGGGGUGGUGUAUAUAGGAGUCUCGGCAGCGGUUGAUGCCGGGAAUAAUGAUACUUCACAAUGGCAUCUCACCCGGGUUUGUGAUACUGGGUUCGAUUUAUCCCUUCCGAUUUUACGCGUGGCUAUGCGGUGUUGAGGUGCAUGGAAUGGGGUAUAAAUGGAGGGCAGUUGCUUUUAUUUUCAAGACUAGGAGUAAACCAAUGAUCAAUGGAAUGUGGAGGGGCGGUGUGAAAUCACUUGGGGCGAAACUGCGAUAUAUAUCAGUGACUAGGCAACCGUUGAUAGUGAAGGCCCAGAGAGGAGGAGGAUGUUGCUGUCACGGAGCUGUUGCUGUCACGGAGCUGUUGCUGUCACG